UCAUUGUCCCUGUUCUCGGCAUCCGAAUCACUGCUUGAAUGUGAAGACUCGACAUCCAUUCCAACGUCCUCAUUAUCAGCUUUAUCGGGCAAACUUAUUAACUCGGGUUUCGGUGGUGUAGGAAUAUACUGCAUAUUGAUAGGCUUCGGUUUCUGAGAAUAUGAAGGCACAUAAUUGGGUUUAUUGGCAGUUGACAGUUGGGCUACUCUUCCACCUCCUUCACGCACUUGGAUACGUAGGGAAGAAGGAUUACAGCUUCCGACCAUAUCCGCGGAUUUAGGCAGGAUAGGAGGAGCUGGUGGAGGAGGCAACAACAAAAUAUCCUUAUCAUUCAUUGGUGACAGAGGUUUAGGACGAGGUGGAGUAGGCGUUGGCGGAAGAGGGAUAUGGGGAAGAAGACCAUCAAAACUAUUGAAUGAUCGAUUAUUCAUGGAUGUGGUAGAUGUUGAAGGAUGUGAAGAACUCGGUAAGCUCGAUGAAGUCGUGUUUUCUAUUGAUCGUAGUCCUUCAGAAAAAGACCGACCAGAAGAAAAAACGUUGGCCUUAUUAUCGUUGUUCGUGUUGACUGUGACAGAGAUAUGAUCGCCUGAGCCCACUACUCGUUUGAAAUGGCGAUUCUCAACACCGCAAUGUGAGGAUGAUGCUUCCACGAUGCGUUCGGAAGUUGAAUUUCUUUUCUUCUCGUUCAGUGUUGAAACAACAAACCCAGCGCUGCUGUCAAUUUUAGAGGAAGGAAGAGUGAUUGAAAGUUCAGAGACAAUGUGCUUCGCAUUAGGCGUGUCCGUUCUUCCCUGUGUGUUCUCGCGCUUUCUUCUUGAGCGAUGUGAUGAGUUAGAGUGUAUCGACGAACUAGCACCUCCUCGAUCUUUGUGUUCCUGGCUAUUAGAGCGAGCGCCUGUCGUUGUAGAACGCGUAGAUGAUUUUGCUGGCCUCUUUUCCGAUAUAUAGCUACGUUGCGUUGAAUGCCGUCUAUGAUUUUCUGCAGUUCGACUAGAAGUCCUUUCGGAUGAACGUCUUCCGCUCUUAUCGCUUGAGUCCUCUCUUCUAUCCGAACGGGUCGAUUUCCGCGUCACAUGACUAGUUUUUCCCGCUUUCGACGAGGAAGCCUCCUUUUUUGUUUGCGAAAUUGGAUUUGGUGAUCCCGAUCCAUCUUCAUCUGUCACUUCGCCAUCUUCCCUUUCCUUUUCUAAAGUGUUCUUGUUUUGCAUAGACGCUAGGAGUUUCAACCUUAUAGAUCGUGUUUCUUCAUCUUCAUCCUCGAUCUGA